AUGAUUUUAUACAAGAUUGUUGUUCUUGGUGAUGGUGGCGUAGGAAAGACAGCAUUGACAAUACAGUUGUGUUUAAACCAUUUUGUUGAGACGUACGAUCCAACAAUUGAGGAUUCUUACCGCAAGCAGGUAGUUAUUGACGACCAUCCAUGUAUACUUGAGGUUCUUGAUACAGCAGGUCAAGAGGAAUAUACUGCAUUGCGUGAUCAAUGGAUCCGAGAUGGAGAAGGUUUUUUAUUAGUCUAUUCCAUCACAGCACGGUCAACAUUUGAGCGUAUUAGACGCUUUCGUGACCAGAUUUUUAGGGUUAAAGAUGUCGACAAUGUACCGAUUAUUUUAGUCGGCAACAAAUGUGACAAUGUAGCCCAACGCCAAGUCUCGAGAGAUGAAGGCCAGACUAUGGCAAGGUCAUUCAACUGUGAGUUUGUUGAGACAUCUGCCAAAACAUGUGUCAAUGUCGAACGCUCUUUCUACUCAGUUGUCAAAACUAUUCGAGCCUCGCGUAUGGGUCCAGCUGAAAAUGUUCCAAAACGAAAAAAAUGUCUUUUCCUCUAG